AUGGCGUACGUCUGCUUGUCCAGUGGCCGGGAGGUCAUGACGCCCCAGGACUUCGCCCAGUGGUGGGACGCGCACGAAGAUCUCCGAGCGGGCCACCGCUGCUUUCUGGACGCGCUGCGGCAAGAAGUGGCGCGACGCCUGCAGCUCCGCAACUUCCGGCAGCUGAGCCUGGUCUGCGGCUCCAGCAUGCUGGGCCCGGGGAGCCCCUGGGAAGCUGCGGAGUAUGUAGCGGUGCUGCGCCCAUAUGUCGCCUUCGCCGAAGGCUCAGAGGGGAUGUUCCUGGCGGCAAGGGGCGGGUUCCUGGAACGUGUGGUGCAGCUGCUUGAGGACCCCCUCGACCCCAACAUGCUGGACCACGUCCAGGGCUGCUCUGCACUGCAGGCGGCUGCUGCCCGCAACCACCUGCCGGUUGUCCGCUGCUUGCUGGAAGCUGGCGCCAACCCGGAGCAGGGUGACAAGGAAGGCGUGUGCCCUCUGCACUCGGCUGCCCUGCACGGGCACUCGGAGGUGAUUCGCUGCUUUCUGGAUGCUGGCGCAGACAAGGACAAGGCGGACAACGAAGGGCGCACGCCUUUGCACGUGGCCGCCAAGAAGGGCCGGGAAGACGUGGUGCGCUGCCUGCUGGUGGCUGGCGCGGACAUGGAAAGGGCGGACCAGGAGGGCCAGACGCCUUUGCACCUGGCGGCGAGGAAGGGCCAUCUGCCGGUGGUGCGCUGCUUGCUGGAUGCCCAAGGUGACAAUGACAAGGCGGACAAGGACGGCCAGACUCCACUACAAAUCGCCGCGAAGAAGGGGAACCUGGAAGUCCUGGUUGCGUUGCUGGAAUCUGGCGCUGACAAGGACAAGGGCAACGAGAGCGGCUUCACCUCGCUGCACCUCGCGGCACAGAGCGGCCAGGCGGAGGUGGUGAGGUGCCUGCUGGAGGCCGGCGCCAAGAGCGAUCAGCAGGACAAGGAUGGCCGGACUCCUUUGUACCUCGCGGCCAGAUUCGGGCGGAUCGAAGUUCUGCGCUGCUUGCUAUCGUGCAAGGAAAAUGGUCAGGGCGCGACAGCGCUGCACGUGGCCGCAAAGAAGGGCCACUUGGAGGUGGUGAGGUGCUUGCUGGAAGCGGGCGAUGACAAAGACAAGACCUACAAGAAAGGCUUCACGCCGCUGCAUUUUGCCACCCACAGUGGGCACCUGGAAGUUGUAUCUUGCUUGCUGGAAUCCAGUGCUGACAAGGAGAAGACGGACAAACAUGGCCGGACUCCUUUGCAUCUUGCUGCAAGGCAAGGCCAUUUGGAAGUUGCGAGCUGCUUAUUAGACGCAGGCGCUGUCAAGGAUGCUAGCAACAAGAACAGUGCCACUCCGAUGCAUCUUGCUGCUCAGAAUGGGCGCUUGGGGCUUGUGCGCUGCUUGCUCGAUACCGGGGCGGAAAUGAAUAGAAAGGACAAGGACGGCCGGACUCCUUUGUAUCUUGCUGCCAAGAAGGGCCACCUGGAAGUUGUGCGUGGCCUGCUGGCGGCGAACGCCAACACCGACGGCAGCGGUAAACGCACGCCGCUGCAGUGUGCAGCCCAGAAGAAUCACUCAGAGGUGGAGCGCUGCUUGCAGGAUGCCGAUGACAGCCGCAAGAGAUACCCGCAGGGUGUCAUGCGGAGAGCAGCGUCGCUGCUGAGAAUGCCCAUCCAGAAGAUAUGCGAUGCGUGCUAG